AAAACCAAACAGGUUCCUAUCAGUGAAGUGGAAAGGAGGGGGGCAGGGGAGGCUUGAGGGGGGUGUUGGGGAAAGCAGCUGAGAGGCAGAGGCAGAGAAACACGACUCAGGAGCGUCUCAGGGCUCUCGGAUCUGGGGACAGAAGUGAGAUUGGAGAAAGUAGAGCGAUGCCAAGGAGGAAACAGCAAGCACCCAAACGGGCUGCAGGUUAUGUCCAAGAGGAAGAUUUAAAAGAAGAGGAAGAUAUAAAGGAGGAGGAAGAAGAUGAUGACGACAACAACUCAACUGCUCAACUCCAGGGCAGCAAUGACACUGGCACGGAUGAGGAACAUGAAGUGGGUCCUGAGCAGAAAGGGAACUUUAGUUACCAGAAUUCCCCUGUCAGUCAUAUAUCUAACCAGGAUGCAGAAAAUGAAUCACUACUAAGUGAUGGUAGUGACCAUGUGGCAGAUAUUAAAAGCAUUUGCUCUAGAGAGCCACAGAACCCAAAAACCAGCGCCCAUCCCAAAGCCCAGAAUGAAGCACAUGAUUGCAUGGAUAAAAUGACAGCGGUCUAUGCCAACAUACUGUCAGACUCUUAUUGGACAGGCUUAGGGCUGGGUUUCAAGUUGUCUAACUCUGAAAAGAGGAGUUGUGACAACAGAAAUGGAGGGAACAAAGCUGAUUUUGAUUGGCACCAAGAUGCACUGUCAAAAAGCUUACAGCAGAAUUUACCUUCCAGACCUGUCUCGAAACCCAACCUGUUCAGCUCAGUCCAGCUCUACAGGCAGAGCAGCAAAAUGUGUGGGACUGUGUUCACGGGUGCCAGCCGGUUUCGGUGCCGGCAGGGCAGCGCGGCCUAUGACACAUUGGUAGAACUAACAGUUCAUAUGAAUGAGACAGGUCACUACCAAGAUGACAACCAUAAAAAGGACAAGCACAGACCUACCAGCUACUCAAAGCCCCGAAAAAGGGCUUUCCAGGACAUGGACAAGGAAGAUGCACAAAAAGUUCUGAAAUGUAUGUUCUGUGGUGACUCUUUUGAUUCCCUUCAAGAUCUGAGUGUUCAUAUGAUAAAAACAAAACAUUACCAAAAAGUGCCUUUGAAGGAGCCGGUACCAACCAUUUCUUCAAAAAUGGUCACUCCAGCAAAGAAACGUGUGUUUGAUGUUAACAGGCCUUGUUCCCCCGAUUCCACGACGGGGUCUUUCUCAGAUACUUUUUCUCCUCAGAAGAAUGCGAACCUGCAGUUAUCAUCUAACAACCGCUACGGCUACCAGAAUGGUGCCAGCUAUACGUGGCAGUUUGAGGCCUGCAAAUCCCAGAUUUUGAAGUGUAUGGAAUGUGGAAGUUCCCAUGAUACCUUGCAGCAGCUCACGACCCACAUGAUGGUCACUGGCCAUUUCUUGAAAGUCACAAGUUCAGCUUCAAAGAAAGGAAAGCAACUUGUUCUGGAUCCUUUAGCUGUGGAAAAAAUGCAAUCAUUGUCUGAAGCACCAGCCAAUGACAGCCCGGUUUCAAAAUCAACCAGUAAAUCAUCUGCAGAAUGCAUAGCUCCCACCUCUGAACUAAAAAAAGAAAGUAAAAAAGAUAAAGCUGAUGAUGCAAACAAAGAUGAGAAAGCAGUAAAAACUGAAGAGUAUGAAGACACUCUUCAGAAACCACUGGAUCCCACAAUGAAAUACCAGUACCUCAGAGAAGAAGAUUUAGAAGAUGGUUCAAAGGGUGGUGGGGACAUUUUAAAGUCCUUGGAGAACACUGUCACAACAGCUAUCAAUAAAGCUCAAAAUGGAGCACCCAGCUGGAGUGCAUAUCCCAGCAUCCACGCAGCUUAUCAGCUCUCAGAAGGAGCUAAACCGUCUUUGCCUGUGGGUUCCCAAGUACUACAAAUCAGGCCAACAAUCACCAAUAAAUUGAGGCCGAUAGCUCCGAAGUGGAAGGUCAUGCCUCUGGUCCCUAUCUCAGCAAAUGUGGCCCAGUGCACUCAAGUGAAGAAGGAAACUGAUGAUAAGGAGGAGGUACAAAAGGACUAUUGUAAAGAGGGCAUCCAAGCUGAGCCUGCCUCACUAAGCCAGAGCGAGAGAGAACCUCUCCUCAAAUCUGAAGCUUCUGUGGAGCCAAAAAAGACAGAACCAUGUCCCUUGAAAGAAGAAGACAAAAUUAAAGAGGACAGCGGAAAAGAAAAACCAGUCCUCAAGGAACCAACAGCAGCUUCUCUUAGUAAUGGUUGUGCUGCUGCCAACCAUUCUUCUGAACUGCCUUGUGUCAACCCUCUCAGUGCGCUGCAGUCAGUACUGAAUAAUCACUUGGGCAAAGCCACUGAGCCUUUACGGCCUCAAUCCAACUCCAGCCCCAGCUCUAGCACAAUUUCUAUGUUCCACAAACCUAAUCUAAAUAUGAUGGAGAAGCCAGUUUUAUCUCCUGCUCCGACCCCACCAAAGCCUGCAAGUGUAUCCAGGCACUAUUUGUUUGAAAACAAUGAUCAGCCUAUUGACCUGACCAAAUCCAAAGGCAAGAAAGCUGAGUCAGCUCAAGCACAAUCCUGUACUUCUCCACCUCAAAAACAUGCUCUGUCUGACAUCGCUGACAUGGUCAAAGUUCUUCCCAAAGCUACUACACCAAAACCUGCUGCAUCUUCAAGGAUCCCAUCUAUGAAAUUGGAAAUAGAUGUCCGACGCUUUGAGGAUGUCUCAACAGAAGUCUCCACUCUGCAUAAAAGGAAGGGCAGACAGUCAAACUGGAACCCUCAGCAUCUUCUCAUUUUGCAAGCUCAGUUUGCUUCCAGCCUCUUCCAGACAUCUGAAGGUAAAUAUUUAUUAUCAGAUCUAGGCCCACAAGAGCGCAUGCAGAUUUCAAAAUUUACUGGACUGUCAAUGACCACCAUCAGCCAUUGGUUGGCAAAUGUCAAGUAUCAACUUAGGAAAACCGGAGGAACCAAGUUUUUGAAAAACAUGGACAAAGGACAUCCAGUCUUUUAUUGCAGCGACUGUGCAUCUCAGUUUCGAACCCCAUCUACUUACAUUAGCCACUUAGAAUCUCAUCUAGGUUUCCAAAUGAAAGACAUGAACAGGCUGGCUGUGGAGCAGCAAACCAAGGUAGAGCAAGAAAUCUCCAGAGUUUCAGUUCAAAGAUCUCCUGAAACAAUAGCUGGAGAAGAGGACACAGACUCUAAGUUCAAAUGUAAGUUGUGCUGUCGGACAUUUGCGAGCAAACAUGCAGUAAAACUUCAUCUAAGCAAAACACACAGCAAGUCACCAGAACACCAUUCACAAUUUGUAGCAGAAGUGGAUGAAGAAUAACUCUUAAGGACGAAUGCCUUAGUUCCAGCUCUCCAGCCCAGGCUUCCCGCACCCAGCCCGCCUCUGCGCGCGUCACUCCGAUCCUGACAUUGAACUCACAACAACCCGGACCAAGAAGACUGCCAAAAAAUCUCCUGCUAUUCUUCUUCAUCCUCACUAACAAUUUGGUAAUGAAGUAUUGAUUUCCACUCCCCUGCUUAUGGACGAUAUUAG